ACUGGCUGCCAUCCUCACAACCCCUGCCAGGGCCGGAUACAAACUGCAACUGAGCAACAACACCAUACAAGUGAUGCUGUACCCUUCUCAGUUCAUCAUUUUAGAAGAACACCUAUUUAACUUAAAGUUUGCUGCAAAAGAGCUUAAUAGGAAUGCCAAGAAAUGUGAUAAAGAAGAAAAGGCUGAAAAGGCCAAGAUUAAAAAGGCUAUUCAGAAAGGCAAUACAGAAGUUGCAAGAAUACAUGCUGAAAAUGCAAUCCGCCAGAAGAACCAAGCAAUUAAUUUCUUGAGAAUGAGUGCUAGGGUUGAUGCUGUGGCAGCCAGAGUUCAAACUGCUGUAACAAUGGGCAAGGUAACCAAGUCCAUGGCAGGUGUAGUUAAAUCUAUGGAUGCUACAUUGAGGAGUAUGAACCUUGAAAAGAUUUCUGCCCUGAUGGACAAAUUUGAACACCAGUUUGAAACACUGGAUGUUCAAACACAACAAAUGGAAGACACAAUGAGUAGCACUACAACCCUAACAACCCCACAAGGCCAGGUGGAUAUGCUGCUUCAAGAAAUGGCAGAUGAAGCCGGCCUUGAUCUCAAUAUGGAAUUACCACAGGGUCAGACAGGAUCUGUUGGCACCAGUGUUGCUUCCACGGAACAGGAUGAACUAUCACAGAGACUUGCUCGUCUACGUGAUCAAGUGUAAUAUAAGGAACAGGUGCUUUUGUUUACUUCACGUGCUUCUGAAAAUUUUCAUGUGUAUAUGUAGAUAAUUUGCACUCCAGUCACAUGAAGAACACUAUAUAUUACAAAAUGCUUAAAUGCUAUUUAUAUAUAAUGCUUUCUUUUGCCAUGCUAUAUUUUCUAACACUUUAAGAAUCCAGAGAGUUUCCACCGUGACAUAUUUUACAGUUUUGUAUAUUAUGUUGAAAAGUAUUCAGGGACACUUUUUUUUGUAGAUGACUUUGACCAAGCUAGCAUUAGCUUGUUGUAUAUGAAACAUUUUCCUCAAAAAUACAAUCUAGCAACAAAGUACUACAGAAGAAAGUAUAGAAUAAAGGUUUUGGUUUCUUUUUAACUCAAAGUUGUUUUAAAUCUCUGCAUUCACAUGUGAUGCAUAAAAAUAAAAGCAGGUAAAACAUGAUGUUUACUUAACAUGCUUCCAUAGCCAAAACACCUCAUUUAGUGUCAUACAAUGGACAAUGUUAUUUUUUUAAUAUAUAUAUAUAUUAUUUUUAGAGAGAGAGGAAGGGUGAAGGGGAAACAGAGAGAGAGAAAUUG